AGAAGUCAUGAGAACCCCUACCUGCCCCUCCUGCAACCUCCAUUGCCGCACGGCGAGGAGUUUGCGAGACUAUUCCCUAACAAACUACAGUAGAAGGAGUAAGUGUGGGUGUGUCCUCAUCUUUGCUUACCUUCCCCCGAGCUGAUGAUGCUGGUGACUUUCACUCAGGCAGGUACUGUACUUUUCCAAAAGACAUACUGAAUAACGACCAAGCUAUCCUCCAAGAUGGGCAGCGUUCAAAGCUUCAGGGAGUUUUGUGACCGCUCCAAAAAUACAAAUAUCCGUUUAAGUCUUCCAGCAGUGUGCAUCGUGUGGCAAACAGCCAUGAUCAUCUUGUUUGGAGUUUUUAUCCGUUAUAACGAGGAGGCAGAUCCACACUGGAUAGACUACAAAAAAGUCCAUAAUAUAUCCAGUGACAUUGACAAUGACUUCUACUUCAGAUAUCCAAGUUUCCAGGAUGUCCAUGUGAUGAUCUUUGUAGGAUUUGGCUUUCUUAUGACUUUUCUCAAGCGCUACAGCUUCGGUGCUGUGGGUUUCAACUUCCUCAUCGCAGCUUUCGGCAUCCAAUGGGCGCUGCUCAUGCAGGGCUGGUUCCACUCCCUGGACUGGACCGAUGGAAAGAUCAAAAUAGGAAUCGAGAGCUUAAUUAAUGCAGAUUUCUGUGUGGCGGGCUGCUUAAUUGCUUAUGGAGCCGUGCUGGGUAAAGUCAGUCCAGUUCAGCUGAUGGUAUUGACUCUGUUUGGCGUCACAUUGUUUGCUGUGGAGGAAUAUAUCAUCCUCAGUGUCAUACAUGCCCGUGAUGCAGGAGGCUCCAUGGUGAUCCACACAUUCGGGGCUUAUUACGGCCUUGCCAUCUCGUGGAUGCUCUAUCGACCAAACUUAGACCAGAGCAGUCGUCUGCAGGGCUCGGUCUACCACUCAGAUGUCUUCGCUAUGAUUGGAACUAUCUUUCUGUGGAUGUUCUGGCCCAGCUUCAAUUCAGCCAUCACUGACCAUGGGGAUGGGCAGCACCGAACCGCCAUUAACACCUACCUGGCCUUGGCAGCAACAGUGCUCACCACUGUGACCAUCUCAAGCCUCUUUCAGAAGCAUGGCAAACUGGACAUGGUUCACAUCCAGAACUCCACUCUGGCUGGAGGCGUGGCAGUUGGAACUGCAGCAGAGUUCAUGCUGAUGCCUUACGGCUCUCUAAUAGUUGGCUUCUGCUGUGGUAUCAUAUCCACGCUGGGAUAUAUCUUCCUCACGCCCUUCAUGGAGAAACACCUGAAGAUCCAGGACACAUGUGGAAUCCACAACCUUCACGCCAUGCCUGGUCUUAUCGGUGGCAUUGUGGGAGCUAUUACUGCUGCAGCCGCGUCUGAGUCUGUUUAUGGUAAAGAAGGACUGAAAAACACCUUUGACUUUGAUGGUGACUUUGAAGACAUGACACCGACAAGGCAGGGGGGUCACCAGGCUGCCGGCAUCUGUGUGGCCCUCUGCUUUGGUGUAGGUGGAGGCAUCAUGGUUGGUUUUAUUUUAAGGUUACCCAUCUGGGGCGAUCCAGCUGAUGACAACUGCUUUGACGAUGAAGUCUACUGGGAGGUGCCUGAUGAUGAGGAAAGUGUUCCACCAGUACUGCAGUACAACAACCACAUGUUGAACAAAGAUGUGACGGAGUCAAAUUUCACAAUGGAGCAGAACUGACCCAGCAUCACCUGGAACAUGGAGGGUUGCAGUCCUCUGCUGCUAUCGUUGUAUUCUCCUGCUAAAAAGAUUUAAUUUGAUCAUGUUUCCCACCUUUACAAAUAUUUAUUGUCCAGCCAAAGAGUUUCUUUUUUUGAGGAUUUUUCCCCCAUAUUUGCAGAAUAAAAUGUGUGUGUGUACGAAAAUCAACAUAUAGUAUUUCCUUGAAUUGCCGCCGGGGUGCUAAUUCAUUUAAAACCUCUUCUCACUCCUGCGCUUACCAAAGGCAUGGGGUAAAAGUAAGCAUGCGCUAAUUAUUUUAAAACUUCUUCUCACUCCGGCACUUACCAAAGGUAUGCAGUAAAAAUUUGAGUGUGAUGUAAGCUUGGACCUUAAAUCCUACUGAAUAGCUCUUAAUCUUCUUCUCUUUUUGCGAUUUCAAAUUACCGGUAUUGAAAUCAGCCUCCUUCAUUUUGAAAAUGAUGACAGGGUUAGUGUCACUCCUGACGUCACAAGUUUGACCAGGCGGUAAUACUAAGCAUGCGCUAAUUAUUUUGGGAAGCGAGUUUGACCCGGCAGUAAUUCAAGGCAGGCGCAUACUAUAUGCCUUGCGGCAAUUCAAGGAAAUACGGUAGACUACUUUAUUCCUUAAGGCAGGGGUGGGCAACCCAAAACGUUGAAAGAGCCAUAUUGGAAAAACAAAUAUGUCUGAAGCCGCAAAAAAUAAAAGGUAUAUAUAAGUGUUAUAAUGAAGGCAACACAUGACGGAAGUGUCUAUAUUAGCUAUAAUAGCCUACAAUCAAAAUGACUAUGUGUCGCAGGCUGAAGCAAAUCUUUAUUGACAGAAAUGUUUAAAUUUAUUAUUAAUUCAACACAUUUUACAACAUUAGGAACCAUUAGUAAAUCAGGAGCUAGUCAGAAGGUGAGAUAACUCCCGGAAAUUACUGGCUUUUAAUGGCCAAAGGUAUAAAUGUCUGUGUCCAAGUUAAGGCUGUCUUCAUUUAUUACAUUUUUUGGCACGCUAGAUAAUGUUUGCUGUGGUCUGGAACAACAUGGCACACAAACAAAUAUCAGAAAUGCAGCCAAUAUUACAUACAGAUAAUGUGUCAUGAUAUAUGCAAAACUAAAUUGUAUACCAAGAGGAUAAAAAGUAAAUGAUAUUAAAGGUGCUCAAAUAUACCUACAGACGAGGCAAAAUGAUGCAAUAUGUAAAUACAGCUAGCCUAAAUAGCAUGUUAGCAUUGAUUUUCUUGCAGUCAUGCACUGACCAAAUACGCCUGAUUAGCACUCCAACAAGUCAAUAACAUCAACAAAGCUCACCUGUGUGCAUUCAUGCACAGUAUAAAACGUUUGGUGGACAAAAUGAGACAAAGAAGGAGUGGAGGAUUUUACAUGUAAACAAACCGUUGCAUCACAGUCCACACUAUGGCGAGUUCAAGAACUGCCAAAAUAUGUAGGACAAAACAAUGUAUAACAAAUGCUCUCAUCAGUGAAGCAUACACAAACAUAAUAUACAGUGGGCUUUCUAACCAUUGGGAAGGUUUUUUACAUGUUUGUCCUCAAACAAAAAACAUACUAAUACAAAAAAGUAUAUUUUUCCCCCAUCUUUUUACAUUUUCAAUCCUUUUUUUAAAAAUGCUGCAGGUAGCCGCGGGUUGCUGACCCCCGCCUUAAGGCAUUGAUGGAUGUAUGAUUGAUAACAUGACUAAAUAGUUUUUGUGUGCUGUCAUGAGGAGUCAAUUAGAAGAGUAAUAGGUUUGGGAAAAUAAAAAGUUUGUAAGGUA